AUGAAAUCAUUCUUUAAACGAAAACUCUCCAAGAAUGAUCAUCUCCGACAGCAGCAAACAACAACAUCUUUGGAACAACAAGUUGUUUCAGAUCAUCAAGAUCCUUCUCAAUCUUCUCAUCAAAUUAUUAUUACUCAUCCGCAACAGACUUCCGAAGCUGCUGAAAAUCACUCAACUCCAACUCUUUCAUUGAAUUUGGCUUCUAUUCCAGUCAAUGUUGUUGCGAAUACUUCUUCUUCAUCAUCAUCAUCUGUUGCUGCUGUAUCACCUUCUACGAAUACAGAAAUGUCGUCUUCAGCAUCAUCAUUCAGAAAAGGUCCUCCCUCUCAAUCAUCAUCCUCGAAAGGAGUUCCAAAUCUAUCCAUUCCCAUUAAUAACCAAUCUUCUCAAAAAACCAUAACAUCGCCUAGAAAUGUAUUUCUUUCUCCGAAGAAUGGAUCUGUAUCACCAUCAUCGACUUCACCUCGACAAUCUCCAACUCCGAGAGUUGGCAAUAAUAGUCAACUUAUACAACAACCAAUAAUAUCAUUCGACAAGAAAGCACAACCUCCUCAUACUGUACGGCUGCAAUUAGAAGAUUUAUUGGCCAUCUCGUACAAACAACGAACGAGAAAAGAAACUCUUCAUGUACAAAAAUAUAUUUUCAUCAUUGAUUUCUCACUUAUGGAUUCACCAGAUGUGUACAAUAAUGUCAAGAAGGCAUACAUGUCAUAUAUUCACACAAAAAAUCAAUCCAAUUGGAAUAUGGGGUCAGAUAAUAGCAGUGGCAAUGAUUCAAAAUUUGAAACAGAAGGAAAUGUUGUCACUCUUACGAUCAUGGGCAUUAAUAAGAACUCCAUUCAACCUUUGUGGACAUCUGACAAUGAAAAAUUAUUUGAAUUGCACUACAUGCAAGGAAUGAUUCGACCUGAUACUUUCCAAACGUUGAACUCACAAUAUUUUCUAAGCCCAAAGAACGUGAUUGAUUGUUGUGAAUAUUUGGAUAACAAUUCUAAUUUUGUCAUGAAUUCAAAUCCCUAUGAGGACUACCAAGAUAUUGUCAAUUUAGAUCAAUUUGCUCAAUUCAUUUUGAAAAGUUUACCAAUUUGUGACAUUAAUAUUAUGGCUUCCUAUCUCGAAAAGUUCAACACUCGAGUCUCAAUAUCUCAACUCAUCCUGUAUGAAUUGGAACGAGUGCUGCAAAAUUCACCCAAUUCAUUAUUUAUUGAUAUUGUAAAAAUGUCCACAAAUUCUGAUGUUGGCGUUUUGUCCAUACCUCCACCAUACUACAAUGAUUCAUUUACUGGUAUGAAUUACGGCGAUCGAGUAAUCUUUGACAAUCUUGAACACUUUUUGAGAAAAAUUAGACAAAAGAAAAAUGUUGACUUUUCAUUUGUGAUUGGCAUUGGAAAGAGUGAUGUUGUCAAUACCAACAAGGAAUUCGAAUAUCAAGUGGCAAAAUGUUUCUCCCUCUGUACAGCAGAUCCAAAAUUAAGAACCUAUUCCAUCUCAUUAUUCGACGAAAUGACACAUGCCAAUCCACUCACCGAUUAUGUCUAUCACUUGUAA